CCCAAAAAUGGGGGACAGCUAUGCUUAUCCUUCAGUUUUUGUAGUGGAUGGACAGACAGACACUGUCCCUUUUGCAACCUCAACUAAACGGAAAAAAUUGACUUUCACACACAAGUUUCUUCUGAUGCUGGUGCUUCUGGCUCUGAUUGGGGAUGGACUUGGAGCAUUUUAUCUUUGGAGACUGCGAUCUGACGUUCAGGAAUUCAGCUCCAUGUUUUUAGCUACCAAGAACACUUCUCUUAUGGUUGGAAGUAUCCAAGACAUGAUCUUCCAAGAUUCAGAAAAGCCUGCAGCGCAUGUUACUGGGUGUAACCUCAGUGCCUCUGGGUAUGGCCGACUGCAAUGGGAGCACAACAAAGGGAUUGCCUUCUUACGUGGAAUUGACUAUAAGGAAGGAGCUUUGGUGAUUAAAAAAUCUGGACAUUACUUCAUUUACUCAAAGAUCCUAUUGGGUGAAAUAAGUUGUGACGUUGAAAGAAAUGGGUUUCUGAAGCAGACAGUUUUCAAAGAAGGAGACGCCUAUCCACAACCCAUUGAAUUAAUGGCUGUUCGGAAAUUCUUCUGCACAGGGCAGAGUGCAGAUCAGUGGCUGGACAAUAGCUACCUAGGGGCAAUAUUUGAUUUUAAUGAAGGAGAUCAUGUGUUCAUUAAAAUAACAGAUAAAAGACUUCUGAAAAUCUUCAACCAUGCAGAAACAUUCUUUGGCGCUUUUAUGAUUUAA